AUGGAUGUCGACGAAGGCGGCGAGGACCACGACAACAAACAACGGAUAGUCGUCGACUUUCGCAAAGAAGAUUCAGAGGAUGAAGAAGAUGAAAUGUUUGAGGGUGAGGAAGAGUCCAAAGAUGGGCUUGAUGACCUUGAGGAGGAAAUGUCAACACCUGAGAACGACCAGGAGGGUGGCCCUCCCGCUCCUCACAUAUCACUCUCUGUCAAUACGUCUCCUCAAGCUAGGGCAAAACGAAGAAUUGCUGCACUCAUGGAGGAGGUCGAAAUCUUGAAGCAGGACAAAGCAACCAAGCAAAGGAAAACCACUUAUUAUGUCUCGCAGGGACGAGCAAUUUGUCGAUUGGUUGUUCUUUUCAUUCCUAUAGAGGAUAUUGUUGCCAAAAAUGAUUGGUGUUGUGAGAAUGGAGACGACUCUAGCACUCUUGAACAGGAUCGCCUUCAACAUGGCUAUAUCGAACUUGUCAAGGUGCUGCCAUGGUUUCAUGAUAGGCUGGCAAGUCUUGACCUCGAAGAGUCAGAGGACAUGCUUAGAAAGCUCAGGCGAGGCACAGACUCAGCUCGUGGUGACGAUACAGCAACUCUCAAGGAGCUUGUGGGCUCCUGGGUCAAUACUGAAUGUCAUCCGUCUUUGCUCAUCAGGCCAAACGAUAAGCAUGGUCAAGUGGAAUGGCGCUGGGAGGACCCAGUUGUCAGGGCUGGGAUUUGUGAUCGCACAACUGCCUUCAUCGUUUCUGAAAAUUCUUGGCCGUCGUUUAUGUAUGAAAAUUAUAAAGUGGAUGCCACAAAUCUGGAGCGCGGUCUAUUUAAGUCAAAGCUGUUAGUUAUGGGAUUCAAAGCUAUUUUUACCUCUCCCUCCUCUGCCAAUGAAGUAGAUGGUGAUGGUGAUGCUGCUGAUAUUAUUGAGAACGAUAGACGCGCCUGGAGAAGAUUGGAUCAAUCCAAACUUGCCAACAUCACCUCUUGGCGCGCUGUAGAUGGAGAUUUUGACUAUAACACCUUCUGGAACAAUGUUGUCGACUUCUUUGAGGACUCACCGGGCCCAGCUGCGCGACUCAGGGUCAAGGAACUUCUUGAGUGGUGGACACAGUUAGAUUUGACAGCGGAUGUUACUAUCCAAAUGUCUGUCAAUGUUCUCGCUGCUCAGAGACAGCAGAUGGAGGAUGCCGCAUACUUCACCAACUAG